AUGUUAUCAAUUUCUCCAAAUCCAUCCACUACCGAAAACCCUGGGAGUACAGAAAUUCCGAGUAUCCGGGAUUCAGUCCCUGUUAUUCUGUUGUUUAUAUUCGGAGUUUUCGGAAAUCUGGCAGCGCUUCUUACACUAUGCUCCAGAUCAAACUCUCACGAAUGGCGACCUUUCUACAGAUUCGUUUGUGGUUUAGCAGUUACCGAUGGUGGCGGGAUUCUGAUCUCCAUUCCGAUUUCAGAGUAUCAGUAUCUGUCCCGAUUCAAGGAUCCGUUGUCGACCCCUCUCUGUGAUUACCUCGCCUUUGUCUACAUGUUCACAUUGAUGUCCUCUGCCAUGAUCGUCUGCUGCAUGUCUGCGGACAGAUUUAUUGCCACAUAUUUUCCUCUACUUUACAACAGCCCGACCAAAGGGCGAAGAGCCAACAUUACAUUGGCCUUACUGUGGGUAUCAUCAGCCAUCCUUUGCAGUCUACAUGUCUUCGGAUUAGGAUCCGCCAAGAUUUUCUAUCCCGGAUCAUGGUGCUUUUUGAAUUUCAUUGACACAGAUGUUCCUAAGAAUGAAGUGUAUACUUACAUUUAUGCUAUUGUUGGUGUUCUAGCCGUGAUAAUGACAAUUAUUUUGAACUUUGCUGUAAUCGCAUAUUUUGCUUAUAAAACAUUUCGAAGAAAGUCCUCCAAGAGUUCUUUUCAAGGCUGGCGAGAGGUUCACGUGAUAAUAUUCCUCCUCACCAUAGUAACCGUUUUGACUUCCUGUUGGUUUCCUUUAAUGGUAAACAUGCUUCAGCACGCUUCUAAAACCAUCAGCGGAGAGGGAGAGACGGAACUCCUUUUGGUUCGCCUCAGUCUCACAAACUCCGUCAUUGACCCCUGGAUUUAUAUUCUCUUUCGGCGGGAGAUUGCGCUACUGGCGGUAAACUGCACCACAAAGGUUUAUAAGAGGACGAAGAGGGCAAGGAAACCAUAUACAGAGUCGGCAGUUUGCAGCAGAACAGAGAGAGGGACGUCGGGAAGUGUGCAAGCAAAUCCUCUAGGGGAGGAACAGUGACGUCAUGAUUACAUCAUGAAAAUAACAGAAGCGUUCCGAAAAUUAAUGGCAGCAGAGUUUGAUUGUUUAGUCGGUUAAUUCUCUUUACCCUGAGUUUUCACUCAUUUAACAUUUUUUAACGUCUAAGAAGUGUGAGUCAACAAAAAUGAUUGAUUCCUGUUCCGUGCGAGUUUUUGUUUAUUUGAUGACAUCUUAGCAAUAUUUUUUUCAUCUUCUAUAUAAUUCAGUAUACCUAUUGUGCCCUCAUGUACAGGAGCUCUGCUAAAUGGCAAUUUACUGUUCUGUUCAAUUUGCCGGAUAUUAAAGCAAAGAGUUAAAGAGAAACGGGAACCGGUGAUUUCCUGAGCAGAGAUUUCAUUUACUGUCAGUAAUCACUAGUCCCAUAUAACUGAAAUCAUGGAAAAUUGUAUACAACAGGGAUCAAUAUUUUCUUGAAGGCAGAGCGACUCGUAAAUGAUCACAUGACUAUAAACAGUGUGGUUAAAAGCACGUGGUAAACAAUAUUAAUGUCAAGUAUGCUUUAACGGGUGUCUGACAUUUUUAUGAUAAAUAAAUCAAACAUAGUAAAAUAAACAGUGAAAAAAAAAUUCCCCCUAAAAAUUCCCACUCCUUAACGGAUGUUAAAAUUUGCUUGUUUCCUAGCGAAUUGAAACAUGAAUUAUCAAAUAUUUAAACAGCGUUAAGUUAAAUCCAAAAAUGGCGUAUUUUCAGUUAAGUUCACAUAACCAAAAUUAAA